AUGACAGACAACACGCGCUGGAAAGCUACCGUCCACAUCCGCGGUCUUGCGCCCGCCGUGACGACAGCUACCAUCCACGACGCCUUCAUUCCCUUCGGCGAGAUCGUCGAUAUCUCGCUGCCCAAGAAUGAGAAGCCCGACUCGACGGAUCCGCACAGAGGCUUCGCCUAUGUCGAGUAUGAGGACGAGGAGGACGCCAAGGAGGCCAUUGACAACAUGGAUCAGUCCGAGUUGUUUGGCAGAGUAAUCAGGGUUUCGGGGGCAAAGAUCCCCAAGAGCGCGAAAGAAGGGUUGGGGUCCAAGACUGCCGUUUGGGAGCAGGAAGGAUGGCUGGCUGAGAAUGCCGUCAGUGAGGAGGAUCGUUUGGCUGCUACCGCGCCUGAUGACGCGCCUGAUGACCCUAUGCAAGGCCUCGAGGGACUGGAUGUUGCUGGGCCGAAGCCGCAAUAA